AUGAAGUGUGGAACUAUGAAGUGUCGAACCAUGAAGUGUCGAACUAUGAAGUGUCGAACCUAUGAAGUGUCGAACUAUGAAGUGUCGAACUAUGAAGUGUCGAACUAUGAAGUGUCGAACCAUGAAGUGUGGAACUAUGAAGUGUGGAACUAUGAAGUGUCGAACCAUGAAGUGUCGAACUAUGAACUGUCGAACUAUGAAGUGUCGAACUAUGAAGUGUCGAACUAUGAAGUGUCGAACUAUGAAGUGUCGAACCAUGAAGUGUGGAACUAUGAAGUGUCAAACCAUGAAGUGUGGAACUAUGAAGUGUCGAACUAUGAAGUGUCGAACUAUGAAGUGUGGAACUAUGAAGUGUCGAACCAUGAAGUGUCGAACUAUGAAGUGUCGAACUAUGAAGUGUCGAACUAUGAAGUGUCGAACCAUGAAGUGUUGAACUAUGAAGUGUCGAACUAUGAAGUGUCGAACUAUGAAGUGUCGAACUAUGAAGUGUCGAACCAUGUAGUGUUGAACUAUGAAGUGUCGAACUAUGAAGUGUCGAACUAUGAAGUGUCGAACUAUGAAGUGUCGAUCCAUGAAGUGUCGAACCAUGAAGUGUCGAACCAUGAAGUGUCGAACUAUGAAGUGUCGAACUAUGAAGUGUGGAACUAUGAAGUGUCGAACCAUGAAGUGUCGAACUAUGAAGUGUCGAACUAUGAAGUGUCGAACCAUGAAGUGUUGAACUAUGAAGUGUUGAAUUACACUGUGAUAUUUCAGCACACAGUGCGGGUAAUCGUUAUUAAUGCUAUCUGGCACAGUGCAGAAGAUUAA